AUGAGCUCGCUAAGACACCACAGAAUCAUCAUCGCCUCCCUCUUCCUGCCCAACACCACCGUCUUGGGCGACUCUGCGCCGGCUUCUCCGAACGAGUCUGCGCUCGGCUCGUUUGUCCCUUCGACGCCUUCGCUUUUGACCCCUGGAACGCCGGGGCGGCAGCCUUUACUCCCCAAAGCCACUGGUCCGCUCAAGAGCAUCGUCGAGGAUUUGAAGGACAAGAGCCGCCAUCCGACACCCUCCAUAACUCCUCGUGCUGAGGCUGCCAACCCCUUCUCGAGGAUAGGUUCCUCGAUUUCCGGUCCAGAAUCUCUGCUUGAUGCCCUUGCGAAGUUGAACGGGACCAAGACCAUCAACGCUGGUAGUUCCACUUCUCCCCCAAACGGUGCACGCAACUUUCAGACCACCCACCAUGGCAGUAAUGCCCACACGCGGGUGCAGAGGAGGUCAUCUCGCUCGUCUGCGCAUCGCGCCGCCUCCCGCUCCUUGUCGUCCUCCCGGCACGAUCCGGGGCAUCACAGCAUCAAGUGGCAUUUCGAGAACAAUCCGCACUGUAACGGUGGCUUGAAGAAUGCCAUCGAAUCCGUCGGCGACAGGCUUCGGCGCAAGCUUUGGGUCGGUACGCUAGGGACGAACACGGAUGGCUUCCGCGAGAGUCUACGCCGCAACAUCGAAUGGCGCAUGCGGGAAGAGCGGGAAAGUGUACCGGUCUGGAUUCCCGAUUCGGACUUUGCCAGCUGCUACGACGAAUUUUGCCACCAGGUGCUCUGGCCGGCCCUCCACUACGCCGUUCCCGACGCACCAAAGACCAAGGCGUUCUACGAGAGUGCAGCGUACAAGCAGUACGUUGCCGUCAACCAGCGCUUCGCGGACACUAUCGCCUCAGCGUACGUCGAGGGCGAUAUCAUCUGGGUGAACGACUACCAUCUCAUGUUGCUCCCUACUAUGCUGCGCGAGCGUCUACCUAACGCCGCUAUUGGCUUCUUCAUGCACGUCGCGUUUCCAUCCUCUGAGAUCUUCCGCUGCCUCAGUGUGCGGGAGCCUCUGCUGAAGGGUGUGCUCGGCGCGGACCUGAUCGGAUUCCAAACCGCGAACUACGCGCGCCACUUCAGGCAGACCGUGAGCCGUAUACUCACUGCGGAGGCCCUCCCGAAGGGUAUCCAGCUGGACGACCGCUUCAUCGACGUUGGCGUUUUUCCUAUGGGUAUUGAUGUCAGCAGUAUAACUGCGAAGAAGCAAGACGCGGAGGUUACUGAGUGGAUGAAGUCGCUCAGGCAGCGCUACGCUGGGAUGAAGAUUAUCGGCGUGCGACACAAGAUCCAGGCGUUCGAGGCGUUCCUCGACAAGUACCCCGAGUACCAGGGCAAGGUCGUCCUCAUCCAGGUCGCGCUCCAGACAACCGAGGAGAACGAAGCACAGGGCGGCGUCGCCGAUGUCGUCUCGCACCUCAACUCCCGCUUCUCGACGCUCACGUACCAGCCCGUCGUCUUCCUCCACACGCAGGACCUCACGUUCAGCCAGUACCUCGCGCUGCUGACAGUCGCUGACGCAUUUAUGGUCACGAGUUUGAGGGAGGGGAUGGCGCUACGUGCGCACGAGUUCGUAGAGUGUCAGGAGCAGAGACACCGCCCAUUGAUCUUGAGCGAGUUCACGGGCUCGUACAGUUAUAGCGGGUUCAGGUCGUGUAUCCCGAUCAACCCGUGGGACAAGCGGUCGACUGCGAAGGCGAUUCACCAGGCGCUCACCAUGAGCAACGAGGAGGCCACGUCGCGCUGGGAGGACCUGCACAAUCAUGUCGUAACGCAAAGCGCCCAAGCAUUCGUCACAUCCUUCCUCGUCCGCUGCCUGCGUUCGAACAUCGAGCACAUGCAAUCCGUCGACCCGGCGGACAUCGCAACGUUCGACGUCGCGCGCGUCCUCCCUCGCUACCGCCACUCGCAGAAGCGCUUGCUUCUCUUCGACUUCGAGGGUACGAUCUGGACGCGCGACAUCAUCACCAUCGCUCGCAACGCAGGUGCAACGGGUACCCCUGAAUUCGAGGCCCCGGAGGAAGCGAUCAAGCUGCUCAACCGGCUCGCGGAGGACCCGAGGAAUCAGGUAUGGCUGCUGAGCGGGCUGACGAAGAAGAUGCUGGACGUGGUUGCCGAGAAGGCGCCGACGAUUGGUAUUGUCGCGGAGAACGGAUGCUUCAUCAAGCCGCUGCCGGACCGCGACGGCAACUCGGCGUGGAUCAGCGUCGUUGCGAACUUCAACAUGACCUGGAAGGCGGCGUGCAUGGAGAUCUUGCAAUACUUCACAGAGCGGACCCCCGGUUCUUUCGUUGAGGAGCGCGAAGCAUCUGUCGUUUGGCGGUUCUGGACUCAGAAGGAGACCGACGAGCACAACGCGGACUGGCAGUGGGCGCACCGCCAGGCCGCCGAGGCCCAGAACCACAUCUUCGACUCCAUCGGAGAGCGCUACGGCCUGCGCAUCAUCCCCGGCUCGACCUCCUUCCUCGUGCUGCCUAACAACAUCUCGCGCUCGACAGCCGUCGGAGCGAUCCUCCAGCCUGGAGGGCCUCUGCGCACGCAGCUCACCGCACGCGCCGCCGCGGCGUGGCUGUCGUCGGAGGCGAUGGAAGCGGACAACGCGACUGACUUUGACUUCGUGCUGGGGGUGGGCAAGGACGAGCGGCUGAUGCGGCGGCUGAACGAGCUGGACAAUGCGGAGACGUGCUCGACGAGCAGCAAGGGCACGGACGCGAAGUGGAAGCUGGAUCCGGAGCAGGUCGUCCCGACGCUCUGGCGGUUCGCGGACGUGAAGUGA